GAGCGCCGGAAUGUCCCGGCCGUGCCGCCUCAUGCUCGGAUGCCUGGUCCCGGCCCUCCUGCUGCACGGAGGAAGUAUGGCUCUCACCCCUGUGGUGAGCAGCCCUGGAGAGGGCAUCCACUUGAGACCAAGAGAACCAGAAGGUGCAUGACUUGGGCUGGGAGAGGGUUCUGCCUUCCUUCAUCCAGACAGCAGAUCCCAUCCUAGGUCCUUAGAGAAAAGUGCCUGGAGGGCUUUCAAGGAAUCCCAGUGCCAUCACAUGCUCAAACAUCUCCACAAUGGAGCACGGAUCACCGUGCAGAUGCCGCCUACGAUUGAGGGCCACUGGGUGUCCACAGGCUGUGAGGUAAGGUCAGGCCCAGAGUUCAUCACAAGGUCCUACAGAUUCUACCACAAUAACACCUUCAAGGCCUACCAGUUCUACUAUGGCAGCAACCGCUGCACCAGUCCCACCUACACCCUCAUCAUCCGGGGCAAGAUCCGCCUCCGCCAAGCGUCCUGGAUCAUUCGAGGGGGCACAGAAGCCGACUACCAGCUGCACAAUGUCCAGGUCAUCUGCCACACGGAGGCGGUGGCUGAGAAGCUCAGCCAGCUGGUGAACCACACAUGCCCGGGUUUCCUGGCAGCUGGGGAUGCCUGGGCACAGGAUGUGGCCUACGACCUGUGGCGGGAGGAGGGUGGCUGUGAGUGCACCAAGGCCGUGAACUUUGCCAUGCACGAGCUUCAGCUCAUCCGGGUGGAGAAGCAGUAUCUGCACCACAACCUGGACCACCUUGUUGAGGAGCUCUUCCUCGGUGACAUUCACACUGAUGCCAGCCAGAGGAUGUUUUACCGGCCAUCCAGUUACCAGCCCCCCCUGCAAAGUGCCAAGAACCACGACCAUGCCUGCAUAGCCUGUCGGAUCAUCUACCGGUCAGACGAGCACCGCCCACCCAUCUUGCCCCCAAAGGCUGACCUGACCAUCGGCCUGCACGGGGAGUGGGUGAGCCAGCGCUGCGAGGUGCGCCCCGAGGUCCUCUUCCUCACCCGCCACUUCAUCUUCCACGACAACAACAACACCUGGGAGGGGCAUUACUACCACUACUCCGACCCUGUCUGCAAGCACCCCACCUUCACCAUCUAUGCCCGGGGCCGCUACAGCCGUGGCAUGCUCUCCUCCAGGGUCAUGGGGGGCACAGAGUUCGUGUUCAAAGUGAAUCACAUGAAGGUGACCCCCAUGGAUGCAGCCACAGCCUCGCUCCUCAAUGUCUUCAACGGGAAUGAGUGUGGGGCCGAGGGCUCCUGGCAGGUGGGCAUCCAGCAGGACGUGACGCACACCAAUGGCUGCGUGGCCCUGGGGAUCAAACUACCUCACACGGAGUAUGAGAUCUUCAAAAUGGAGCAGGAUGCCCGGGGCCGCUAUCUGCUCUUCAACGGCCAGAGGCCCAGUGAUGGGUCUAGUCCAGACAGGCCCGAGAAGAGAGCCACAUCUUACCAGAUGCCCCUGGUCCAGUGUGCGUCGUCCUUGCCCCGAGCCGAGGACUUGAUGGAGGACGGUCGGGGCCACCUGCCGGGCCGGGCGCCUGGGAGGAGUGCCUGUCCCCUGCUUCUCGCCACACUCACCAGCCUGUUGACCUUACCCCACUGGAACCUCCUCAGAUAGACACUUUUAGAAAGCUCCAUUUUUCCAGACCAGGAUUCCUUACAAUUUACAGAUUUUCUCUACAAAAAGAAAGGACAUUUAGUCUCUUGAUGCACUUGAAUGUCCUGUUCUCCCCUCCCUGCCCCAGCCCCUGAGUCAUGAACGGUGCAUUUGAGAUUUCUGCUUUGAACUCUGUCCCGCCUGAUCCCUGGCCUGAGUGACUCCACAACAGUAAUUGCACUUUAAGACGGCAGGGAGUUUCGGGAGAGCGUGCUUGGUAGCGGGAGCAGGGCUGAGAGCUGGGCCCUCUUACACCUUUUCUGUUAAUUGUUCUUAUAUUUCUGAGUUGAACUUAGGAGAAACGAAUAUCGGGCUUCAACUCUUCCUGCCGUUUGACUGUGGUUGCUUCCUGUUCUCCUUUGGAAUGGUUUCACUCUCCGAGUUUUAUGUGCUGGAAUCCAGUGCAGGGUUGGUUUGGGACUGCGAUCUAGACACCUUUUGUUAGGUUAGGAGACGCGGGUGUAGGUAUGUCCUAGGAAAAGACGCGCAAGGUUUAGCUAAACCACCGCUACAGCCUUUAUGCAAAAAAGGAGAGAAACAAAGCUUUCAUUUCAGAAAUGGUGAGUGGAACAGUGUCUGUAAUUAAAGUUUCAAAGUAAUUUAAACGAUUUUUAUAUCAGUUGUUGUAACUUGCUGAGAGAAGAGGUGGCUGCAGAACACUGCUGCUUCCUUCCCCUCUCAGCAGACAAAGGGAUCCUCGGGGAAAGCAGAAGCAGUCUUGCCGCGGCCACGGGAGCAGUGACACGCGGGUGCUGCAGUGGGUUAAGUGCCACAGGAAUGAUAGGGAACGUGCCCAUCCAUCGCACAGCCUCCUCUUCGCAGGGGACGCUAGUCCUGGCUCGCACUGCCUGGGCAGGGGCAGAGAGCUGAGCUCUGGCAUCUCUGCUGCCUUUGCAGGUGAACACGUGGGGAGGGCUUCGGUGCUGCCGUAGCUGGCUGGUCACGGGGCGCAGUGGGAAUCGUCCAUGCUGGCUGCUUGCUUUCUUAGACCCUGACGAGGUAUGCGGCCCAGGCUUUGUGUGGUCAUCUUAUUGCAUUGGACCUGCCAGCUUGACUCGGUUUCUGUCCUACCAUUGACUUGACUCUGUCCCUAUAGUGAGUUUCAGGGUCACCUUAUACAGAGGUGGAUGCUUCCUCACAGAGACUUCAGAAGGUGCCUGAGUUCACCUGCCCAUUGUUUGGGUGUUGUGAACGGCACCAACUAAACACAAGUGUCACCACUGAUAGAGACCGGCCGAGGGAGGCUGUGAGCAGCUAAAAGCCCGGGUGUGCCUGGAAGCGAACAUGGAAGCCGUGGUCCAGGUUAAGAGUCAUCUUGUAUUUAAGAAGUAAGUUUAUGGAAUGCUGUAGCAUUCGGUGUGGUAUUAAGUUAUAACGAUGGCACGGACUACCAAAGUGCUUUAUAUUUAGAUUCUAUUUUAAGUUGCGGUGCCUACUGAGGGGGUUUAUUCAAAAUAAAAAUACUAACUUAA